CUAUCUGUGCGCCUCGUCUCGCUCACGGUGGCUGCGGUGCCAGUGGUAGUUGCGGUUGUGGUGGUCGUGUAGCUGCUGGACACCUGCAAGCACGCACACGCAAACAGGAAGUCAGUCAUUCAUGCGUUCCAAUGUGUGUGUGGUCGGUGUGAUGGGCGUCGACCUUCGUUGUGAACGGCAAAUAGGUGGAAGGCAGCCGGGGCGCAGUACAGAUCCAAGUUGUACUGCGACAUAGCCAUCGACGCAUCCAUCCAUCCACAUAUGUGUCACUGUGGGUGUACCGUGGCCUCGCUGGCUGCAGCGCACAAACACGAAGACACUCUCGGGUGUGUGUGUGUGUGUUGUGUGGGUGUCAUUCUUCGACGCCUUGUUGGGCUUGCUCUUGGUGGCCGCCGAAGCGGCCAAGUAUGCGUAGGCAAACAGGGAAAAGAGGCGAGACAUGAGUCAAUCUUCAUGACGUUCUUUUCUCCUUCACUUACGUACCUGUGACGCCGCCGGGGAUACCACACUUGGAUGAGGUAGGUGCAUCGCAGCCGUGUAGGGGAAAGGUCCCAAAGAUGUAAAAUGUAGGCAGCCAUCGAUCUGCACACACAGCAGCCAGCACAGACAAGAGCACAGAGACACCAAGAGCUCUUCUGCAAUCGCCUGGAGGAGUAAUCGACUGAAGGGAAGAGCCCGUCCUGAAACCAAGAGAAAGAGCAAUUGAGAAAGAGGAACCAGUCGAAAGGUCACCAGCGAGAGUCUGUAGGUGCUCACUCACCAGGCACAUCUUGAAGUGUUUGAACUUGAUGGUCUCGUAGGAGUUGAUGGCCGCAAAGCCCAAGUCCAACGGAAACUGUGUGUGUUCACGCACCUCGACUUCCGGCUCCUCGAUGACAGGUAUCUCAGGACUCAUCUGUCAUACCUACACACACACACACACACACACACACACAGAGAGAGAGAGAGAGAGAGAGAUGGCCAUGACUGCCUUCAUCCCCUGAUCCACUGACCGUUGUAACGUAGUUUUCAGUGGCCCCAGAGAUGAACAGAAGAAUAGCCGGGAUGUUGCUUGGGCUUGGCCUGUGGGGAGGUUGACGGAUCGGGAUCCAAUCCCACUGCAAACACAUGUACGGACGCAAGAUUCACGCUCUAUGUGCAUACGCGUGUUCUUUCCACUGGUCAACACAUACCGGUCACCCAGACGCGAAUAUAUGGGGGGAUUGCGGUCGACUGUACAGCGUGCAAAGGAAAUUGACCCAUUUUCUGACAUCGAACCAAGGGGAUCGCUUUUUUGCAAAAGAGCAGACAAGGACAUUGAUGUGGGCAUUGACGACACUCAAUGAGGCGCUUACCAACCUCACCCACCUGAAGAGAUGUGUCGAGAACAAGAGACGGGAACAAAAAGAAAAAGCCACCCGUUCAUCUGC